AUGAACGCUAACAACUGCAUACCUCCUUCAGAAAACCUACAAGUUCACAGAUUAAUGAAUUUCAGCCUAAUUGUGGUACCUCGCUGGGAAAGAAGUUUGGGCUAUCACACCAAGGUAUCAAGAAAAGAUGAAGCAUUUUUGGAAAAAUUGGAUACCAUACUAAUCGCAAAAACUACGAGCUUCCUGUAUCACUUUGAAGUAAAUAUGGAAAGAUUGAGAACAGUUCAUUUUACAGAUGUAACUGCACACAUUUAUUGUUUGUAA